AUGCCCGCCUCACCCCCCAAGAGCCCCCGUAAACGACCACUCUCUCACGUCAACGGCUCACCUCCCUCGCCAUCCUCCUCCAAACGCACCAUGGCCCGCAAGUUCCCUCCAGGAGGCCACCUGGCGCUCGGCUGUGAGGGCUCGGCCAACAAGCUCGGCCUCGGCGUCAUCCAUCACGCUGCGACCGGCGAGGCGACGAUCCUCUCCAAUGUGCGCCACACGUUCGUGUCCCCGCCAGGCACGGGGUUCCUGCCCAAGGACACGGCGGCGCACCACCGCGCCCACUUUGUGCCGCUGGCGCUGCGGGCGCUCGCCGACGCGGGGGUCGGGCCCGGCGACCUCGCGUGCGUGUGCUUCACGCAGGGGCCCGGCAUGGGCGCGCCGCUGGCGUCGGUGGCCGUCGGCGCGCGCACGCUCGCGCUGCUCUGGGGCCUGCCGCUCGUGGGCGUCAACCACUGCGUCGGCCACAUCGAGAUGGGCCGCACCAUCACGGGCGCCGCCAACCCCGUCGUGCUCUACGUCAGCGGCGGCAACUCGCAGGUCAUCGCCUACGCCGAGCAGCGCUACCGCAUCUUUGGCGAGACGCUCGACAUCGCCGUCGGCAACUGCCUCGACCGCUUCGCCCGCACCCUCGCCAUCAGCAACGACCCCGCCCCCGGCUACAACAUUGAGCAGCUCGCCAAGCGCGGCCGCCGCCUGCUCGACCUGCCCUACGCCGUCAAGGGCAUGGACUGCUCCUUCUCCGGCAUCCUCGCGAGCGCCGACGUGCUCGCCGCCCAGAUGCACGCCGCCCGCGCCCGCGGCGACGACCCCCUGCCCUUCACGCCCGAGGACCUCUGCUUCACCCUGCAGGAGACCGUCUUCGCCAUGCUCGUCGAGAUCACCGAGCGCGCCAUGGCCCACGUCGGCAGCAGCCAGGUCCUCAUCGUCGGCGGCGUCGGCUGCAACGAGCGCCUCCAGGAGAUGAUGGGGCUCAUGGCCCGCGACCGCGGCGGCAGCGUCUACGCCACCGACGAGAGGUUCUGCAUCGACAACGGCAUCAUGAUUGCCCACGCCGGUCUGCUGGCGUACAACACGGGCUUUCGCACGCCGCUCGAGGACAGCCAGUGCACGCAGCGCUUCAGGACAGACGAGGUACAUAUCAAAUGGAGAGACUGA